UUUUAUAUCGAAAUCUAUUUUGGGACCAGAUUUAGUCUGAAGACUUCCAUGCACCAGACUUUUUAUACAAUUAGCGAUGCAAAAUACGAAGCAAAUUCCUGAAACCAGUAGAUGUGAACCCGCUAUAUACGAGUAUAAGAAAUCUUCGUUUUCGGAGAUAUACGAAGUAUUACAAUCCUUACGAAAAGAUGAGAUUCUUUGUGAUAUUAAACUAGAAACAGACGAUGGUGAAGUUAUAUUCGGCCAUAAAGUGGUUUUAGCAUCGGCUAGUCCAUAUUUCCUUGCAAUGUUCACAAAUUUUUCAGAAAAGAAUAUAAAUCAAGUUAUAAUCAGGCAGUUGGACUCUAGAGCCUUACAUCUCUUAAUAGACUUUGUUUAUUCUGGGAAAAUCUCAAUCACAGAAAAAAAUGUACAGAUUUUGUUGUCAGCAUCAAAUCUUUUGCAGUUACAAGAAGUCAAAAAGGCAUGUUGUGAUUUUCUACAGGCACAAGUAUGUCCUACAAAUGUUAUUGGGAUAAAUGCGUUAGCUGAUUUACAUGGCUGUAUGCAAUUGUCAACAAGUUCAGAAUUAUAUAUUCAACAACACUUUUCUGAUGUGGUAGAAGGAGAAGAAUUCCUUUCCAUGUCAUAUGAUCAAAUGGUUAAGUUGAUCUCUAGUGAAGAACUUACAGCUCCAUCUGAAGAAAAAAUAUUUGAAAGUGUUAUUCGAUGGGUAAAACAUGAUUUGGGUUCCAGAAAACAAAUUUUGCCCCAAUUAAUAGAACAUGUGCGGUUACCAUUAACAUCGAGAGAUUACAUAUUAGAAAAAGCACUGGAUGAACCUGUAUUUAAUAGUUGUCUUGAAUGUAAAGAUUACGUAAUCGAAGCAUUACAUUUUCAUUUACUCAAGUCAGAUGGGCUUAUCACCAUUCCUCAUAACAUCCGGACAAAACCGAGACAACCUGGUGGUACACAUAAACAGGUUAUUUUAGUGGUUGGUGGAUUAGGGCACGAUUAUGAAGUAUUAGAAAGUACAAAAUACUACGAUCCAAAACUCAACAAAUGGCAAUCCGGACCAAAAUUCGAACCACGUUUCGGUGGUGGUCUAGCUGUAGUAAAAGAUAGUAAUAUUGUGCUCUAUGUUGGUGGUGUCAAUAAUUCCCGUUCAUUUUAUCAGUCUGUCUAUGUACUAGAUCUAUCUUCAGAAUUACCUUGUUGGAAACCAUCCAUUGACAUGUUAAUUAAACGAAGCUAUUUAGGAGUUUGUGUGAUAAAUAAUCUUGUAUAUGCCGUGAGUAACGUGGAAUUAUAA